GUACAAGGCCGUUGUGGAGCGGCCAAUAUGACCCUUCGGUGCUCUCUCUCUCUCUCUGUCAGUUGUCAGUAUUCUGUGGUGUCGCCGGGCAUAGCUCUGCAUGACCUCCAGGCCAACCUCGCCUAUGUGGUGGACGAGCUCGUCACGAGAGAACAGCUGCACCAGGCGGCACUGCAAAAGGCCGGAGACACUGACCUGGAGAAGGCCGACACUGAGGUGUCGCAGCGGCAUCACACUGGCGGCUGGAAGGCCCUCUACGAGGCAUUCAAGAAGGCCAAACGGACACUCAUCAAAGCCGGCAGCCCGCCGGUCAGCGGACGAGAGCAGUCGAUGUCCCUCUGUCUGUCGAUGAGCAUAAACCCACCUCUGUUGCGUUGAAUGCAGGGGGCCAUCCCGGAGGUCCUCGCGAGCCUCGUGCCGAUGGUAGUGGAUACGCCAGCCGCCACAGAGGACGUCCCGAUGAGCGGCAUAUCGUCACCCGCCAGCUCAACCCGGUCAAAGCAGAGCGAUUGCCAGGAGGCCCUCACGCCCCCCUCUCACCUCGUGUGGGUCGAUUGGCAUCGGCUCAGCAGCCAAGACAAGGACAGCGCAGCCCUGUCGAUGUCAGUGGAGGCCGUCUACGAUGCCGUGGCGGCGAUGGACGGCACCGCGGCCAGCAAGAAUGACGACGACAAGUAGGUCUGUCAAGGCAGCGGCGACCCAUGUGAGGGAAUGUCAGCCGAGGCGAUGGGACAGUUGUGCGCAGACGG